UUCCUCACUUCUGGUAGUGCGUUCACAGUGGCGCGAGGGAGAUGUCGGUGCGGAGGACCACGCACCAGCUAAGCAGCGGGAUGAUCGUCUCCGGCCCGCCGGAGCCACAAAAGGAGCGGGCACCGGCCGUGGGUUCGAGGGCGGCGCCCUACACCGGUGGGGACGUCCGCAAGUCCGGCGAGCUCGGCAAGAUGUUCGACAUUCCCGCGGUGGGAGAUCCCGGCGGAGGAUCGUCCAGGUCAGUGUCCAAGUCCCACUCGGGGCCGAUCGUUCGGUCCGCUUCCUCCUCUGGAUCCGGUCCGGUGCCUCCGCGGAAGACCUCUGGCCCGCUCGCGCAAAUCCCUCCGACAGGGCUGAUCACCUCGGGGCCCGCGCGUUCGUCCGGCGGGCAGACAGAUCAGUCGCCGCUGCCUACGAGGAGGAAGAAGAUGGAGGCCAGGUAUGGCGGAGCGGUGACUGCGGUGGAGGACGAGGAGUUCGCGUUUGGUUUGUCGCGGGGUUGGAGAUGGGUGCUGGUGGCGGUUUUCGUGGCGGGAUUUGCUGCGGGUGCAUUCGUGUGGGUAGCGGUGGGGCGAUCAGUGAUUCUGAUUGGGGUGGCAGCGGUAGCGGCGCCGGUGGCGGUGGUGUCGAUGUGGAAUUGGACGAGGGGCAGGGAAGAAGUGAAACGAUUUUGGCAGUUCUACCCAAAUACUUCUAUAGACAUUAGAAAUCUCCAAAUUGGGAAGUUGGUUAAAAUCACUGGGCAUGUCACUUGUGGAAGCAUCCCUCUUGAGUCAUCUUAUCAAAAUAUCCCCAGGUGUAUAUAUGCAUCUACUGAGCUGCACGAGAAUAGAGGAUGGAGUGGAUUUACUACUAAUCCUGCUCAUAAUUGCUCCUCAUGGAGACUCAAAUUUGUUGAGAGGUAUGUUGCAGAUUUCUACAUAUCUGACCCAGACAGUGGAACACGGUUUCUUGUGAGAGCAGGAAACGGAGCUAGAGUGACUUCUUUCGUUAAGCCUGCCACUAUUAUUGAGAUAAACAAAGAAAAUAAAGAUUUGUCUCCUGAUUUUACAAGUUGGCUGACAGAACGCAAUCUUCCAAGCGAUGCUCACAUAAUGCACCUUAAAGAAGGGUUCAUCAAGGAGGGCAACACCGCAAGUGUUAUCGGUAUCCUUCGGAAGCAUGAAAAUCUAAUCAUUAUCGAUCCACCUCCGGACGCCGUAUCAACUGGUUGUCAGUGGAGAAGAUUUUUCUUUCCAAUGUCGGUCGACGGCCUUAUCCUAAUAGGUGAUGAACGACCAGAUGAAGUGAUAUACCAGGUGUAAAUAUUAUAAAAUUAUUUCAUACAUCCUCUUGCAUCAAUAGGCAAGGAAGAGAAUAAUUGUGGCUGCUUUCAAAGUGUAUCUUCUUUGUAGUGUCUUAACUUUUCAGUUUCAGUAGGUGUCUUUGGGCAUCAAAUUUAAGUUGAAGCAGUCGAUAUGUCUUAUACAUUGAGUAGUCAACUGAAGCAAGUAUUAGAUCUCUUGGUGUCCCUCGUUUAGUUAAUUCUCAAGAACUGUUAUAGCUAGUUUCUAGUCAAACUUGUGCAUAUUGUAAUUAAAGAGUAUAGUGUACAAAUGCACUUCUUAGCCAGUAAUGUAUCCUAGCUAGCAAUAAUGCUUCAUGAGUAACAACAUUUUCUAAUCCAGUUAGACUCAACCGAUACAGUUCAACCGGUUGAACGCAAAGACAAAGGUGAUAUUCAUAGUGCCAGGCUAACCAAAUUCUGGAAGAUGCAGACAGUAAGUUUGAUUUUAUUUCUAGAAGAUGUACCUUUUUAUCUUUGUUUUUCAAAUGCUCAAAACGCCUUGGAUGAUAUGAUUAUGAAUUAUUCUUUGAAAGAUCUUUCUAAGGUCUAAGUUUUA